AUGUCAUUUUAUGAGUUUCCUAUAGUACUGGUAAAGAACUUACCUUAUAAUACAUCAAACUCCUCAUUAUAUGAGUUUUUCGGUAAAUAUGGAUACAUAAAUCAAAUUCGAAUAAACCCAUCGCAACCUGGGACUUGUUUUAUAAUUUACAACAACAUUGUAAAUGCACAAAGAGCAGCUCAAGAAUUGAAUGGAGUUAAUUUCAAUGGAAGGUAUUUAGUAACAUCAAUGCAUCAAGUGGAUAAAUCAAAAAUUAAUGAAGAGGAAAUGGCAUUACGACAAGAACAAUUGAAUCUAUUAAAACAACAAUAUUCUAUUAAAUAG